AUGCAAGGUCUCAACCAUGUAAAGACAGUGCUCGACAAUGGCGGCCUCGCUCUGGGGGUGUGGCAGCUAUUGCCCGGCAGCAAUAUGUCACGCACUCUAGCACGAGCUGGAUACGAUUGGGUUUUGGUGGACUAUGCCGCAAUGCACGAAGCUGUCCCCGCCAUAGUAUCAUAUGGAGUGAGCCCGAUUGUUCGCGUUCCGGAUUUCCAAUCUUGGAUGAUUAAACGGGCUUUGGAUGCAGGCGCACACGGAGUCCUCGCUCCUCUUGUACGAACAGUGGAAGACACAAAGGCCUUCGUCGAGGCCUGCCGAUUCCCACCACAAGGGAAACGAGGCUUCGGGUCGCCUUUCCCGAUGGACAGGUUUGGUAAGAAUGUAUCAGCCACCCAGUACCUGACUGAGGCCAAUGCCAAUCUUCUGCUCUCGGUCCAGAUUGAGACGAGAGAGGCUUUUGACAAUGUCGAUUCUAUCGCCGCCGUUGAAGGACUUGAUUUAUUGUUUGUCGGACCUUUUGACCUGGCAAAUGGUAUCGGCCACCCCGUACUGGGUAGUACCUUCGCGCCUGAGUUGGAACAAGCCAUUGAGAAGGUUCUGUCUUCGGCGCACAAGGCAGGCAAGAAGGCUGGAAUCUACUGUGGAAAUGGAAAGCAGGCAAAGAAAUAUGCCGACUUGGGGUAUGACCUUGUCAAUGUUGUAACUGACGUUGGUGCUCUGACUAGCUCGCUCGCAAGUGAGAUGGAGAUUGUCACUCAAAAAGCAGGCAGGACUGCCUCUGGGCCUUACGGUAGCUAG